GUAGCUCUAACCACAGAGAACAGCUACAGAUCUUCCCAUGUGCCCUGGAGGACCAUGUCUUAUUGCGGCAGUAUGGAAAAUUGCAGGACUCUUUAUGGGGGAUCCCAGCCGACAUACGAUCACGUGGUGAUUGCGCAGAUUUCCCAUGACAUCAAGGUGCAAAUGGUAAACUUCCAAGUGCAAUAACAGCAUGACACUGAUCUGUCAUAUGUUGGCUGUAGCUUUUGUUCAGGUCUUGAUAGUCUUGGGCAACUGGAGUCUUGCCAAGAACAUCAACUUCUACAAUGUGAGACUUCCAGUAGACCCUACUCCAUUUCCAAGCAGCUUCAAGUGUUUUACUUGCGAUAACGUUGUAGACAAUUACAACUGUAACAGAUGGGCUGAAGAUAAAUGGUGUCCUCCGAACACACAAUACUGUUUGACAGUCCAUCACUUCACCAGCCAUGGAAGGAGCACUUCUGUCACCAAAAAAUGUGCCACCAGAGAAGAAUGCCAUUUUGUUGGCUGUCGUCACCUCAGGGAAACUAGCCGUACACUUCUUAGGCUUUUAAAGAUAGCGUUGAAGGAAUGCAUAUCUUGUUGUGAAGGGAUGAUCUGCAAUGUUGACAUACCAACAAAUCAUACCAAUGCUGUAUUUGCAGUCGUGAAUGCUCGGAGGACAUCAGGCAGCAGCAGGCGGGCUGUUAGUGUCUUGUUGGUGGUCUCCAUCACAGCGGUGCUCAUUUUAUGACAUGCCUCUUCUUGUCUACUGGAAGUAAUUGGGCAACUGGAGCUCUAUGAAGGUGGUGAUGAAGAAAGGAAAGUCCUCAGGUAUACGUUGUAUGAGGAAAAAGUACAGAACAAUGUUGCUUCUUUUAAAGACUGCUGCUCAUGAGCUAGAGACAAUCUCACAAAGACUUGUGCAAUGUCUUCCAAGGAUGCAGUGAGAGGGCCAAAUGGAUUGACACAACUCAUUUAUUAGAAUUCUGCAUUGAGGUGACGAAAGAAUCCAUAUUUACAAGGAAUUGCUAGAAGAUUUGGAAUUAUUCUUCAAUAUAUAUCACCAUUUUUUAUCUUUUCUGAUAUGGAGAAGUAGCGCUGAACCACGUUGUCAGACUUGUUCCUAAACUUGCUGCUGGGUCUAGCACCAAACUUCAGUGGUCCCUCAACAUGAUGCCACUGAUGGUUCCAGCUGAUGUUGCACCCAGCUGAGUCUCCUAAAUGCUGCUGCUGUUACACUGACCCGAGUCCUCUGGCAUGUCUGGAUGAUAACGCUGGCAGGAGUCCCUGUGUCUGGUGUUAGCGCCAGGACUGUGAGCAUGCUGUCCUCUGAUACCAGCUCUGCUUUGUGUUAUGAUGAUCAUGGGUCUGUGAAAAUGAUGACACCAAACUUUACAAAAACAAUAAAAAUGUGAAUCACAUUCUGUUUUUCUUGCAAAACCAAUAGGAAAUUUAAUGGAAGCAUCUGUGUAAAUGUAAGUGAGCAAUGCAGAUAAGUCAAGAUAAGCUGAAUAUCUCUGUCUGCUCUAAACCCUUUUGGAUUGUAGGUAGACUCAACAAUUAUAAAUUUAAAAAAAUGAUUUUACUUCAGAAACUAAGUGUUACAUAUCAAAUAUAUAUAUAAAUAAUAACCCAAUGCCAUUACUUUGGAACAAAUAUUAGGACUCUGAUAUAGCUUCAGCUGAAUCUCAGACUGAAUUAGGCCAAUUCAAAUUAGUCUAAAUUCAGUCUGAAUUAGACUAGUCCAGAGUGACUCAAAAUCUAUUAAAAUUGCCUUUUCUGUUAUUGUUCUCUCUCUCUCCCCC